AUGGAACUUUUGUCUUUUAAAGGAAGUCAUCACGUCACUGCCGAAAGAGUAGAUCGACUGACUGACUCGUUUUGUCAAGAUAUCAUUCACGCUGUUUCAAAGGGGAAAUUCCUUACGCCAAAACACGCAUCACUAGGUCUUGGCCUUCAUAGUAUGACUGGUCAAAAACUACCGAUAACUAUACUGGCAAGAUUAGGACAUUGUAUUACAUACGACGCAAUCAACGAAAUCGAGACUGCUCAGGCUGAGCUGGUAGAGCACUUUCAAUCCAUGGGUCUGAACUUACCUCUUCAACCAGCAGCAAUUGGUUCCAAAGUAAGUAUAUCAGUUUAUGAUCAUUGAAACUAAACUCGCAAUCUGACAGUGAAAAAAAAAGCAGACAACGAUGAUGACGCGGGCUAAGCUUUAGAACUAUGUAAGUGAGUUACGAACUUCGCCGUAAAUUGUUUAUAUUUUUAUACCAUAGUCUAUUUGUAUUUCAUCACAACAUUUGUAUACGAUCAAUUUAGAUUGGAAUUGAAAUUUUUUACUAAAUUCACAAUAAGAAAGUCUCAGUAAGGUAAUUGUCGCUUAGAAAUAAUCAACAAAAUUAAGUUGUCGCAUUUUCCCCUUAAGGUAUCAACGAUAUUCUGGUGGGAUAACUUUGAUCGCAAUGUUGAAACUGCGUCAGGCGCUGGUUCUAUCCAUAAUACACCAGGAAUAGCGUUUCAAGAACACUCUGACGCAGCUGUGAUGAGACAAGACGAUAUAAGCAUUCCCAGGUCAAAGCGACGAUCGAUUCAACUCCCCAAAGAGACGGUUGAUAAGCGAGUGGCAGUCAACCCAAAAGCAGAACCACCAUCGCUUGCUAAAAUACAGAGCAGACCAGCUCCUACUAGUGCACAAAUGUAUUGUUCGAAACUGUUGCAGAUAUGGAAAUCAGUGCGAUACCUGAACUCGGCUAAUCAGACAAACCCCCGGUUCGUAGGUUGGAUCGUACGUCGUUUUCAGCAGGCUCAUAGCAAGGCAACACUGAUGACAUACCUGCCUCCUAUUUCUUCUCCAAUAACUGAAUACUCCACCAUCAUAGAAAUGUUCCAUCAAUCUAGGCAGCUGGCGAAGCUAUCCAACAUGUCCUACACUCACAUCACCCUCGAUGCGGGAGCUGCAAUCAAGGCCUUUCAUGUGGUUUGGAACAAUCCAGCUGCGUGGUCCGACAUAAUAAUCCAUCUGGGAGAUUUUCAUGCAAUGAUGACCUUUUUUGCAGUUAUUGGACGUUUCGUGGAGAGCAGUGGAUUCGAAGAUGUGUUAUUUCAAGCUGGUCUGUGUAGCUCUGGAAGUAUUACGAGAGUGAUGAGUGGAAAGCACUACAAUCGAUGUUGGCUUGCUCACGAGGCUUUUUCUGAAGCAUUACAAAGACUUUUUGUAGAACAAUAUCUACCGACCAUGCCAAAAAAAGUCGAGGAGUGCGCACAAAGUAACCUCGCGCAAGCAACGA